AUGGAUAAUGAUGAUACCCAAGUUGUGGCCUCCGGGUCGGCAGAGUCGCAAAAUGACGAACAUGAUGAAGCCUCGCGCAAAAGUAACACCCGAGUUGCAGCUACAGAGCCACAAGCGGGGGCCGAUCAUGAUCCCACAAGCAGUGAAGACGACGAUGCCGAAGAGUCUGACAACACAGAACAUGGCACCGGGGAAUAUGUUCCCUCGAAGUCAGCAGGGUCCAGGGUUUCGAACAGAAGUGACAUCCAAGCUGUCAGAGAGCCAUCGUUAACACAAAAUGGCUUGCAGGACGGGUACAAGCCGGGUGCUAUUGUGCGCAUUAAAGUGACGGAUUUCGUAACAUACACGUCCGCAGAAUUCUUCCCCGGUCCAAAGCUGAACAUGGUAAUUGGACCGAAUGGUACUGGAAAAAGUACGCUUGUCUGUGCGAUAUGUCUGGGCUUAGGCUGGGGCCCACAGCAUCUGGGUCGUGCAAAGGACACGGGGGAGUUCGUCAAGCACGGCUGUAGAGAAGCUACGAUCGAGAUUGAGCUUGCGGCAGGUCCUGGCUCUCGUCGAAACCCCGUGGUUUCUAGAACAAUCAAGCGCGACGGAAACAAAAGUACUUUCAUGAUAAAUGGGAAACAAGCUUCUCGCUCUCAGGUGCAGAAGCUAGCGCACUCGUUCUCUAUUCAAAUCGAUAAUCUGUGUCAAUUUCUCCCCCAGGACAAGGUCAGCGAAUUCGCUGCCCUUACACCGAUUGAACUUCUCAAUUCGACGCAACGAGCCGCCGCUGGGGAGGAAAUGAUUGAAUGGCACAAUAAUUUGAAGCGCCUGCGAGCAGAACAAAAGAAGUUGCAGACAGACAACCAAGGUGACCGAGACUUGCUGACAAACCUCGAGGAUCGGCAAGAGAUGCAGAGAGCCGAUGUUGAACGGAUGCGCCAAAGGGCUCAGAUCAAGAGGAACAUUGAGAUGUUGGAUGCGGUCCGUCCAGUCCUGCAGUUCAAGGAGGGACAUGCCAAGUACAAUGAUAUGAAGAGGGAUGUGCAAAGAAUCGAAACUGAACUGGAGCAGCUCAAGGCGGAGCUUGAACCUGCGUUGAGAUCUGUCAAUGCGAAGCAACAGUACUGUCUCCAGACUGAUGAGGUGAUCAAAUACAAAGAGCAGCAGCUUGACGCAGCUGAGCGUGCAGCCGGCAAAGCCGGCAAGUUGAUCGAGCGGCACGAGCAGGCGAUGAAGGAAUUUGACUCUCAAAUUGAGGCCGAGAAGAAAAGUGGGCAGGGCUACAGACAAGAGGCCAAUAAGAUCCAGCAAACAAUCAACAAGCUCACGCGCCAGUUGAAGGAGGAGCCGGUGGAAUUAGAUGUGGAUUGGUACAACGAGAAGAUACGCGAAAAACGACGCGAGCUCAGGGAUGUCAAGGAAAAGGCAGACCAGAUCAAAGCCGAUCGACUGCCAUUCUUUGAAUCACUAAAAGAGAAGACGGACCAGGUCAAGCAGGUGGAGCGCCAAUUACAGAACCUCGAUUCGGCGGCCGGACAACAGGAGAACAAGCUGAAACGAAUCUCCGCCGAUUCUUUGCGGGCUUACCACUGGAUCCAAGACAACCAACAUCAGUUUGAAAAGGAAGUCUUUGGCCCACCGGUGAUCACUUGUUCCGUGAAAGACCCGAAAUACGCCGAUGCCGUGGAAGCUAUACUGGGACGCACGGAUCUCCUGGCCUUUACCACACAGACUCGGAACGACUUCAGGAAGUUGCAGAGAGCCCUCUGCAUCGACCAGAAGUUAUCUGAUGUCGCUAUCCGAACGUGUUCCGAUCCGCUAGAUACUCAGCGACGUCUGAUAUCGGAUGAUGAGAUGCGGAGGCAUGGAUUCGAGCGCUUGGCGCGAGAUUGUAUCAGUGGACCUGACGUCGUCAUUUCUAUGCUUUGUAAUGAGACCCGGCUGGAUAAGACACCUAUUCGUGGGGCCGGAAUCUCGAGUGCCGAGCUCGAUCGGCUGAAAGCCAGCCGAAUAGAAUCCUGGGUGGCUGGAAAGGGGAUCUAUCUCAUCACUCGGCGGAGGGAAUACGGUCCCAAUGCAUGCAACACCCGGCAGUUGCCUGUGAAGCCGGCGAGAGUGUUCACCUCACAACCGGUGGAUGUGUCUGAGAGGCAACAACUGACGCAGAGAGUCCGCGCACUGAAAGACGAAAUCCAAGAGGUGCAGGACCAGAUUGAUAGCGAAAGGACCAGACUACAACAACUAGGGGAGUCACAUACGCGAUGCCAACAAGAACUGAGCGAGCUCGAACGGGAGAAGGCCGAGAAACAGACGGCUCUGACAAACUAUCGAGCUAUUCCGGAAAGAAUCCGUCAGCAAGAAGUCAAACAGAAAGACAACCAGAGGAUAUUUGAGGAGAUGAGAACGAGGGUUGGCAAUCUCCGCAGCGAACAGGACCAGGUGUCGAUUCGCAAGGCCGAGGCCGCCAUUGAAUAUGCUAACGCGGUUGAAACCUUCCAAAAGCUGCACGAAGAAGUCAUCAAGCUGAAAGUACGGCAUCUCGAAGGUCUCUCCGACUUGGAGGUGCUGAAAGCUCGAAACAUCGAGCAUCGGGAGACGCUUGAAGCCAAACACAAGGAAUUGAAGGCGGCGAAAGAAGAGAUCAGGAACAUGGGCAAAGAACUCAAGAAGAUAGAAGCACAGGCCAGGAAGGUCGCCGAACUUACGCAACAACAGCCCGAUUUGGCAGAGCUAUUACACAAGAUCAAGGAGCAGACCAUAGACCAGCUGGAGGCCGACAUCGAUUCGGAGAAAGCCCGUCUCGAACUCACCCACGGCGGCAACAGCAACGUGAUCAAGGAAUUCGAAGAACGCGGCCGUCAGAUUGACAAGCUGCGCGACAAGCUCUCUGACUUCCAGCAAAAGCUCGACGACUACAGUCACGCCAUCAACGAGAUUCGCGGCCGAUGGGAACCCAAGCUCGACUCCAUCGUCAAGAAAAUCAGUGACGCCUUCUCCGACUCGUUCGCUCGCAUCGGCUGUGCCGGCCAAGUCACCCUCGACAAGGCCGAAGAACCCGGCCCAAACGGCGAACCCGGCGACAGCGACUUCGAUCAAUGGUCGAUCCAAAUCCACGUCAAAUUCCGCGAACACGAGAACCUCUCCCUCCUGGACUCGCACCGCCAGUCCGGCGGCGAACGCGCCGUCAGCACCAUCUUCUACCUCAUGGCCCUCCAAUCCCUCUCCGCAUCCCCUUUCCGCGUUGUCGACGAAAUCAACCAGGGUAUGGACCCCCGCAACGAACGCAUGGUCCACGGCCGUCUGGUCGACAUCGCCUGCGCGCCGUCCGAAUCCGGCGGCGGCGGCCAAUACUUCCUGAUCACGCCCAAACUACUCAGCGGAUUAUCCUAUAAACCGGGCAUGCGCGUCCUCUGCAUCUACAGCGGCGAACAUAUGCCCGACGACCACAACCUGAUCGAUUUCAAGGAUUCUAUUGCGAAGCGAAGAGCCGUGACGACGGCAGGGAGUGCAAGCGGCAUCAGGGCUACUGCUAAUGGUAAUGGCAGUGUCAGCGUUAAUGGAUGA